GAUCGCCAGCGUGACACCUCUUUUGUUCCCCCCAUUCAUAGGGGCUGUCGACAUAACGAGCGUGAACCGAGCGCUCGGUGCGACGCGGUCCCGUUCAAACAUGCUACUGGCCCUUUAAAAACAUGCGACUGGCCCUUUAAGGACUCUGCAGCGAGACGAGUGUGCGCGCCGCUGCGCUCGCGUUGCCUGCCGUCCUCAUCAUGGCCUCCGUGCAGCCGCCACCAACGAGCAUGAACCGACCGGCCGGCGGCCCUGCCCUUCCCCGAGCGGAGACCGACGUCAAACCGAAGCAGAGGCACCGGUAGAGGAGGAGCGCGCCGGGGGGAAAGCCGCCUCAUGCCACCCCGGUCUCCUCCAUGUCUUCGCCUCGAGCCGCGUUCAGCCAUUUGAUAAAGAGGGCUGCGAAACCGGGCGGCGCGGGCGGCGAGGGCGGCGGCGGCGGCGGCGGAACCAUGAACACGAACAGGGAUUACAACAUUAAUCUAUCGGUGCAGCAGGUGCUGAGCCUAUGGGUGCAGGGCUCGACGCUGCAACACUUCACAGAGAUGUGGUACUGGGUGUUCCUCUGGUGUCUCUUCUCCUCGCUCUUCGUGCACGGCGGGGUGGGCCUGCUCAUGUUGGUCAUGCUGCAGCGACACCGCAGGGGGCGAAUCAUCACCGUGGUGAUGGUCAGCGUAGGCUUCCUGGCCUCCCUCUCCGGUGGGGUCGUCACCAGCGCGGCGGUGGCGGGGGUGUACCGCGUGGCGGGAAAGGACAUGGCGCCACUGGAGGCCCUGGUGCUGGGCGUGGGCCAGACCACCUUCUCCGUCAUCAUCUCCUUCUCCCGCAUCCUGGCCACGCUCUGAAGCAGCCCACGCACACCCGGCGGACCAAUCACGGAGGAGCCCAGGGACCGGACCCCUGACCCCCUUCUCCCCUACGCCCUCGCUCCGUCGGAGGAGGAGGGCAGCGAGGAGGGUCGACCGGGAUCGACCGGCCGAUGGCGGACUUAAAGGAGGCUCGGGGGGGGGGGGGGGGGGGUAGCGGAGGACGGGAAGUGGCUUGAGACACGCCAUAAGGCACGAUCGCCGGAAUGGCGUGUUUGGGGGGGUUGGCGGCGGGAUGGAGCCCCCCCCACCCUAGUGUCUCCGCUUUGGUGUUACAGCCACAAAAUGAGCCCCUUGUCAACGAUCGGGGGGGGGGGGGAGACUGCUAUCUGUGGCGUCCGUGGCCAGAGUCAAACUAGCAUCUCUCUGGUCGAUGUGCCAUUCCUAAAGACAUACAGAUACUUUGUGGUCGACGCCACUGACUCUUAAAGGUGUUCUGUUGCACAUGUAGGAAAACCACUAUAAACAGAGGAGACGAAGAGCAUGAGGAAGAUGAAGGUGAUUGUGGGGGUCCUGGGGGGGGGGGUCCUUUGGGGGAUCCCCCCCCCCCCCAGUGGAUCAAAAUGCACUUUAGGUGCCACUGCGACCACGAAUAAUCCCAGCGAUGAAAGGUCAGGAAACGUGACGACAACGUUAACAAAUAUUCAUCAGCAAGACGGCCUUCCCCUUAUUACGAUCACCCCUCCCUCUCUGGGGGAUACAGCAUACCUACGUAACCAACCCUCGAACGAACCCACCAAUCAGCCGCUCCGCAGUGCCGUACGGCGUCCAAUCCAAACUUUUCAACUGCCUGAUGCGAGGCGGCUGGGUUUGAGAACCAGCGAGGAGGAGGAGGCCCAGUCAGUCCGGUCCACGUUCAGUUUGUGUCUCAAUAUCAAGGAUGCAUCAUAUGUGCCAAUAUGUACUGCAGGCAUGAAACACGGUCACCAUCAAUGCAUUGGGUUCAUUACUAUUAUUCUCCUCUAGAGAGGCCAGGUCACCUAGCCCAUGUCCGCACUAAUGCGGAUAGAUUUGAAAACGCUUUUUAGUCCCACCACUUCCAUCCGCACUUAAACAGUGUUUUAAUGAAUCUGCCUGAUGGAUCCAUUUGAAGGUACCGGCAACACGUUGUAGUGUAGCCGGGGGGGGGAGUCCCUGUAGUAUGACUGUGACGUUGUCCAGACAUUGCUGGCCUGAUGAAGUGGUCUGGGCAUGCGCAUGAGAAGGCAUGAACUGAAAUGGAUGGGGAAAUCCCUGUCUGAUUGGGGAUGGACCGUGUUGUGAAAAACACUAGUGUGGAUGGAAAACCCUUUACUUAAGGUAGAGUUAUGGUUGGACGUCGACGCAACGCAAGGGGGUUUACGGACCCAAACGUCCUUACGGCCGUAUCCACCGCAAGGGCCGAACGUAAGCCUCCCAAAAAUUGUAACCUCGCGUCGAGGCGAGGCAGAAGCGAGGGCUGUGAUUGGUCCGCCGACGUUAACCUGACCAAGAAACCGAAACAGGUUCACGACUGCGUCGAAGCGACAUUGCGUUGUGUCAACUCCCAACCCUCCCUCUACGUUGAGCCGGCAAUAGUGUGGACCUGGCCUAGGGUGGAUUUCCUUUGAGGUUUGGAGGUGUGGAGUACAGGGUUGGAGUGGUGCGACAAAUGGUGUGUAGAGGGACUGGAGUUGAGGGUGCGUAGCCCUUGUUUAUUUUAGUGCGGUGCUGCUUGAGCUGAAACCUUGACGUGCUUUUUUAUUUUUUUAUUUCCAAACAGAAAGUGUGAAGUCUGGAGUGAGUGCAGAUUUUACAACAGGGUCGGGAAUCUUGGCCCCCCAUCUUGGAUCGUGGCAUGCUGUUGUUAACAGCGUCCCGGUGGCUGCGAAGCCAUCUUGGAUCUGAGCAUGCUGUUGAUAUAGGAGAAGGUCAAACCCAUUCUGCUGCUUUGCCUUUUUUUCAAAAUGUCCCCCAAUUGUUUUUUAAUGUCGUUUUUUGUGCGUCACCAACCUAAUCGUACCUGUGCUUCUUAAGUUUGACAUUUUGCACUGAGACGUACCGGCCUUUGUUUGGGACCAGUGUGUAGUGAUGCUGUCUAGGCUUGAGCCCACUUCUUACACCGUCCUUCCUCAUUGACAUGCAAGGUAGUACAACUUAUGUCAUCAUUAUAUCCCAUAAUAAUGUCUAUUCAUUUAAUAAGCUUCAUUGGUUAUGAAAAAGGCAUUAACUAUAUAUUUACUCUAUAUCUGUGAGGAUUGACAUGCCUGUAACAGUACUCGUUACUGGUGUUGAAUACCUCGAGAUACUGACUUUUAUUCAUUUUUAACUUUCUGGUUAAGCUUGCUUUGACUUGCGCGCUACUACCUACACCUAGUCUAACAAACUAGGCAGUCCCCAGAAUGCAGGUUAGGUUUAUUAUGCCAAAGUUCUUUCUCACAUCCUAGCUUUACUGUCUUGCUUGUUUGAUUGCUAUCCCUGCCGAGAAUGAGUUCUAUGAAUUUCGUUUGAAAAUGUUUGUUUUGCACAAUACUAGCAUGGGGGUGAAAUGGCACCCAGACCUGACCUGUUUUUAAGUUUAUUUCACUGUAAUUUCUGUGACAUUUUCUUACAGAAUAGGUAUGAUAUUUGCAAGCUUUGCGCGUGUGUGUGUGUGUGUGUUUGUAACUGUACAGGCAAUUGCCGUGCGUGUAUUUGAUUGGGUUAUGUAAUUGACACAACUCACCUUCAGUACCAGUUCAGCACACAGGAGGGCAGUAUUCCAUUGAUUAAACUGCAAAAGUAGUCGGGA